AAAAACCAUCAAUUCAUUUAUAUCUUUAAAGAUGAGGAAUCUCUCUCAAGUCUCGGUAGCCGUUCUACUUAUCUUCUCCAUUCUGAUACUAGGAAUAGGAGUCCAAGGAAAAGUACCAUGUCUUAAGCGUAUAUUUAACAAAAAUAAUACGUGUGCUUUCCUAAGAUGUGAAGCUAAUUGUGCACGGAAAUAUCAAGGAUAUGGUGAUUGCCGUCCAGGAGACAGACCACACGACAAACGAGACUCCGUGUUUUGUUACUGCAAUUAUCCUUGUUAAAAUUAAACACCUAAGGAGUGCGCAUUCAUUUACCUGAUAGCCAAAUAAUAUAUUCUGUUACAUUAUUUUAGGACUCUGUUAAUAUUGUUUGUACGUUCCAAGAUAUGAGGAACCGUUCCUAUUUUUGUGUAACAACUAAGGCUAUAAAACCAUAUAUUAACUCUGUCAAUAAUCAAGGAAAUCUUCCAAUGGUAUCAGAGCUUCUACGGUUCUGAUUCUUCAUCUCU